UUUCCUGAGUCUUGAGUUUGUUUAUGUUGACGAGCGACAACCAGCUGCUGGAACCACCUGUUUUACUGGCACCAGCUGUUGUAUUAGGAAUGUCCAAUCAGUACAAGCGUCCUUCAAUCACUAACGCAGGAGGCAAACGACGAUCUGGCAGCACCAAGUUUGAGCUUACAGAGGUACAGAAGAAUGACAUUAAGGAAGCCUUUGACCUCUUUGACCCUAAUGGUACAGGUACAAUUGACCCCAAGGAACUCAAGGUAGCUAUGAGGGCACUGGGAUUUGAGCCUAAAAAGGAAGAUAUCAAAAAGAUGGUAGCGGAAAUUGACAAAGAUGAAAGUGGUAAGAUUAAGUUUGAAGAAUUUCUUCAUCUCAUGACUAUUAAGAUGGCUGAAAAAGAUGUGAAAGAGGAGAUUCUAAAAGCCUUCAAGCUUUUUGAUGAUGACAACACUGGGAAAAUUUCCUUCGCUAACUUGAAGCGUGUCGCAGAGACCUUGGGAGAGAACCUUACUGAUGAAGAACUGCAGGAAAUGAUCGAAGAAGCUGAUCGGGAUGGUGACAAUGAAAUUAAUCAGGAUGAGUUCUUCCGUAUAAUGAAGAAGACUAGUUUAUAUUAUAAAUGUGUUGUAGAAUCUACUAUAUCAGAGCUGUUGCACAGAAGCUGUGUGUACUAUAGUUUAGUAGUGUCGUUUCUAUUUGUAAUGGCGAAUUGUGAGCAGGGAAAGUUUACUGAGGAAGCUGAGAAAAAUGACCAGAAGCCAGGGAAACUAAAUACAGAAUUAAAUGAGCCGUCACCUUCUCAAGUUAUGCUUGAAAGACUGAAGGAAAUCAGGAAAUGGCAGGAAAAGUAUCGGGAGAAACUCGUGGAAGUCCAGUCCUGCAGUCUCGAGACUUCUUGCUUCACUUCCUCUAAUACACACCCAGAUGAUUCAGGCAAUGAUUUUUCAUCCCAAACAACAAAUGACUCUACAUCUUUCCACCCUGAAUAUUUAUUUGAGAAGAGAGAUGACCACAAGGCCCAGAAUAUGGCACAAAUGGAGCAAGAGGCAUUGGUAGUAGCUUCACCUUCAGGUGCUCUACCUUGGACAACACACGGAGAUGUUCUUCACAGAGAGAGAGAGGAACAUUGGAAUGGAGGCAGACUAAAGCACUUCUCUUCACAAAAUGCAAUAAAUGUAUGCACAAAUACUGCUUUUACUGAUGCAGCAUUAGCCACAUGGCCACCACUUAGCAAUAUGAGCCCUUAUGGAUCAGUCUUUUCAGUAAGUCAUGAUGCAUCAGAAGAUUGUCAGGCUAAACCUAUUAAGGAUUAUGAAAAACGGGGCAUCUCAAAAAGUCCAUUUAGUGGAGGUAAGCAUAAUAAUCUUCUGUCAGGUAAUGUGAAAAUCACAUCAAAUAAUAAGAGUCCAAAUUCACAGGCAGGAGGUGAACAGAUGGAAAAUAUUUACUGUGGUAACUUAAGUUUGGAAAACAAAUGUGAAGACAGUCUAGAGUUGGAAGAGGUUUACCAUGCUGAAAAGUACAAAUCUAGCCCUGGAGAAAAUGCUCGUAUUCCACUGACCAGAAACCCUGUCAUCCAUCGUGCUUUAGAAUGUGAUGCUAGAGACAAGCCUAAGCAUCGGUACCUAAGGAAAGGUGAGGGCACUGCAAGGUUCGGUAUGAAUCCAAUAAAAUUAAAAAGAAAAACCACAUUAAUAAAUUAUAAAAAUUCUGAUUCAGAGAAUCAGAGCAAUAAAUCAACUUCAUUUAAGAAUAUUCCCAGUGCAACAGUUGACUCAUUAAAUGAGGCUGAGUGCACUAAGCAAGUAGUUAUGCCAAGUCAAGUUCAUCAUACUUCAGAAGACGAAUAUAAGUCUGUACAUCCUUGUUCAGAAACCCUCAGAAGUUUAAAGGAACAAGAAGAACUGUCUGCAUUUGAGAAGCUGGAAGAGCUUGCAGCCGAUUCAAGUUUCUCAUCAAAUUCUUCCACAGUUUGGCAGCUGCUGCAGCGUGGCCAGCACUCCUUGGCGUCUACCCCUUUACAUUCAGCAUCCCCUGUAACAUCUCCAAAAACACCUAAAAAUGUUCAAGACAUGGUUUCAAAAAGAAGUCUAUUUCAACCUAAUACCGCUAGCAAGCAAUUGCUUGACUUGUUACUAAAAUCUAUUGGCGACUCUCAAGAUUCUUCCUCUUGUAAACAGCAAACAACAUUAAAUGUAAACCAGAUACUUGGGCAGUUGAGAAAUCUUAUCAAAUUAAAGGAGCAUGAUGUAUCAGAAGCUGACAUUCAAACAUUUAUUGAAAGUUUUGUUGAUGAACAUGGUCCAGCAUCACAUUUUGCAAGUAGUAUUCAGCAUGCUGCUAUCAAUGCCACUAGUACCCCAGCUCUAACACAAGACUUAGACCUUCCUAAACCGCAUGUUCGCUUCAGGAACGAGGGAGUUGAAGUCUUAGAAUACGAACUUUCAGAAAAUGACGAUGAGAAUACAUUGACUGAUGCACCAACCUUGAUUGAAGAUGAUAGUGACCUUGUUACCACAUCAGAUAUGGAAGCUUUAGUGCAUCUCAACAUGCAUGAACCAUUAAUACCUCUCCUGGAAAUAAAUGAUGCAGACGAGAGUGACAAAACUUUAGAAUGCAGUACAGAUGAUAUGACUUGCAAUGUAAAGUGUUCUGCAACCAGUAUGGUUAGUACCAAAGAGCAAAGACAAACAGGUUUACAACCUGUUGCAUUACACUUCUCUCCCCCCGAACACAGGAGUAACUGUGCGUCAAACUAUAUAUGGUCCAUAUUUGGAAAGGAUAGAGAGUCAAGGAAAUGUUUAGAUCAGAAAAAAGCUUCAAACAAAGCUGAGCCGGUUGAAAAGGGAGACAAAAAUAAAAGCAAGCGUAAGGAAGCUGACAAAUUGACGGUUUCAGAGGCGCAGGAAGAGCAGGCUUGUACCGUUGAUGACGUUGAUACUUACAAAACACUCCUGCUAGCUAAAGUUUGUGAAUUAGAAAAGGAAACUGAAAUAUUUAAGAGAGAGAAAUCAAAGUUGCAAAAGCUGCAACAGUUAGCAAUAGAUGAAAAGAAACACCUGACAGAAGAAAAGCACAAAUUACAAGAGGAAAUAGCCAAAGAGAAAAAGAGACUACAGGAAUACAUUGAUAAUGAGCGAAAUGCUAUAUGGCGAGAAAAGCAAGAGCUUAAGCAUCAAGCUCCGUCUUUAACAAUGGCUAACAAGAAUUCAUUGGAGGUCGUUUAUUUAAAAGAACAAAUUCAUGAUCUGCAAGAGAAAGAAAAAAAGAAAGAAUCCCUGCACUUGUAUUCUGUUAAAAAAUUAAAUGAAAAAAUCAAGAAUUUGGAAGAUGAAAACACAGAACUUAAAAAGAAAAUUGUACACCUUCAGAAUCUAGAGAAAGAAAACUUGCAACUUAAACACAAGCUUGACCGAGCUAAACUGAGUAGUAAAAAAGCUUUUGCUGGUCAAGCAGCAAACCCUGUAAGAGAAAAGUCCGGACCAAAGCCCAAAGCUGCAACAAUUGAUAGUAUCAAUAGAUCUUUGGAAAGGUUGGCCAAGCACAAAUCCAAAGACAUUGACAUAAAUGAUAGACAGAAUAAUCCUGUUACACAGAACACACAGUGUAAUAUUGAUAAAGAUCCUAGCACCCAUGAACCCAACUUACUGUCUAUGCUGCCGUCUAAGGAGCAAAUUCAGCUCAAUUUAAACGAGCCGUGUCAGGGACGAAGUGAUGAUGUAAACCAAGUUUGCAUGCCUUCAAGCUUUCCAAAAUCUGUUCAAAAUAUUUUGGAACUUGACAAUACAACUGUACAUUCCGAAGGUAAGAGCUGUGAGUUUACAGAAUCCUUCAGAGAUGAUGGCACCAAAGAAAUUGUUUAUGCAAAUGGUAACAAAAAGGAACUGUAUUCAAAUGGUUUAGUUGUUUUUAGUUAUUAUAAUGGAGAUAGAAAAGAAAUACACGAAGACAGAAUAAUUUAUAUAUAUGGAAGUGAUCAUACAAGUCAUACAACGUUUGAUGACGGAAAGGAAAUAUUAAUAUUUCCAAGUGGGCAGAAAGAAACCCGCCUUCCAGAUGGCUCUUCCGAGAUCAUUUUUGCCGAUGGCUCUCGAAAAGUUAUUCAUCAGGAUGGUACAGAAGUGUGCUUUAUGAAAGAUGGUACAGUUGUUCCCAACUCAGAUGGUAGUAAAGUGUUUGAAUUUGUUAGUGGACAGAGAGAGAUUCACACUGCUUCAGAGAAAAGGCGCGAAUACCCCGAUGGAACUGUUAAAAUCUUGCACCCGGAUGGUAGGACUGAAACCCGUUAUACAACGGGACGGAUCCGUAUUAAAGAUCAUCAGGGUAAUAUUAUUUUAGAUUCCCAUCAAGGUUUGCCUUAAAGCUGAAGAAAAAAUGUGUUUGGAUAUUAUAUCACGAUAAUUUAUUUACUUCCCAUAAUUAAUCUUUUGUAAUUCUACAAUGCGCCUGAAUCUGUAAAAUUACACACACAUUUACACCUUCAAAAUAUGUUCUUUUAUAUAGUAUAUAUGCUUAUUAAUUUAUUAUUUUUUGUAAACUAACAUACAAUGUUUCUCAGUUGUACAUUAAACAUUUUUAAAUGCAGUUCUGCUAUGUUAUUUGGUGCUGUAUUUUUUUUCACACAUCAUCCAUCUCCCACUGAGGUAAAGUGACCCCAAAAAAAAAGUAACACCUUUACCAUCACUCACUCCAUCACUGUCUUGCCAGAGGCAUGCCGAUACUGGUUCAGAUACUCCUCCAAAAUGCAAAUAUCCCCACCCCUCCUCCAGGGUACAGUAUUAUUUAUAUUAAAUAAUGCAUGACAGGACAAUGAUAGUUUUGAGAGUAGUACACAGUGUUUAAUUUUAUUAUGGUAUUUUUUUUUUAACAUGUUGGCUGUCUCCCACUGAGGCACGGUGACCCAAUAAAGAAAGAAACACUUUCACCAUCAUUCACACAUAAUCAAUGUCUUUGCAGAGGUGCUGAAAUACGGCAGUUUCGAUGUCACUCCAAACACUAAUAAUAGCAUUAAAUUAUUUAAAAAUGUUAAAUGUACAGUAUUCAGUAAAAUAUUUGAGGAUUGAAUUAAUGGUUAUUUCUUUGACAGGACACUGCUCUUCUGUCUUUGUAAUGCAUUAUUAAACAAAUAUUUCCACUUUAGAAGAGUGCUGGUAUAAAUGUCUUGUAGUUCCGUACAAUGUGUAUGUGUACAGGUCGACCAUCACUAAACUGGCAUCGUUGGGACCAUUAAAUUCCUUAAGAGAGACUUGUGCUGAUCUGAUCGAGUUAACUGCCCUCAGUAGGCGCCUCAUGAAAUGGGUGUGAUGUUAAAUUAGACACAUGUGCAACUCUUGGGUAUCUUUAUGAGGAAACGUUUUGCCACACAGUGG